UGCAAAAAGUAUUCAUCGAAGUAACUAAAAUGAUUUCUCAAAUUGCUACAAUUUUAUUGGUUGUUUCUGCAACUUUGGCAAAACAAGUUGUAGUACAAAAUAGUGCCAACAGUAUCCUAACUGUUUCCGUUAGUGGACAGAACGAUAUUUCAUUAUUGCCACAUACUCAAGUUAAUUUAGAGUUGGAAUCAGGAUGGUCCGGUUCAAUUUCAGCAUGCAGUGAUGUUUGUGAUGUCACCAGGACUUCAGCAGAAUUAAACAUUGGUGCUGCCCAAGAUCAAUAUGCUGUUUCUUUGGUCAACGGAUUUAAUCUGCCAAUGAAAGUUGUUCCAAUUGGAGCCAAUAAUUGUAAUGCAGCUGUUUGUGCUGCCAAUAUUAACAGGAUGUGUCCAGUUGAAAAUCAAGUCGUAAAUUCAUUGGGUGAAGUUAAGGCUUGUAAGAGUUCCCCAAUGUUGUUCCACACUGUAUGUCCCAAGGCUAUUGUUACUGAAGGAGAUCAGCUUAAUGUACAAUCUUGCAAUGCACUCUCUUACAAAGUUAUCAUUGGUUAAUUGUUAUAUUAUAUAAUUUUUAAAAUAAAUUUAAUUAAAUUUA